UCCUGAAUCAUCUGGACAAAAUAUGAAAUUCAUUGGCUUAGAUGUUUAUUUCUUCAUUCUUUCCACCCUCACUGCUCUUUGGAAUGCAGGAGCUGAAGACUCUUGUGCACAGAGAUGUGGGGAGCUGCUUGGUACCUGUUCUUGCCAGGUGACAUGCCAGUCCUUGGGGACAUGCUGUCCUGAUUAUAAAGAAUUUUGUCUUCAAAUUUCUCCAUACUCAGGAUCUCUUAUGGGAGGCAAAGACUUUUUGAUUAACAACACAGCUUUUGAUCUCUCUUCUAAGCUAAAAUGCAGGUUCAAGCAGCAAAUCACAACCAGUGGCUAUAUUGACAAGGAUGGAAAAGCCCACUGCAUCUCCCCAUUGCUUUAUGAGACUGGUUUCAUCCCUUUUGAAGUUUCUAUAGAUGCUGGAUCAACGUUUCCCUACUCUGGAACUUGGUUAUCAGUACAUCACAGCAAAGUUUCAGAUGGAGAAAAAUGCACUUUGGUAAAUGAGACAAAAUGGCAAUACUAUGGCACCCCCAACACUGCUGGAAACUUAACUCUUACCUGGACACACCAGACACUUGCAGCAACCCACGUCAACAUAGAAGUCUGGGGAUACCAGGAAACAGGUGACAGUUAUUCCGAAAACUGGAUGGCUGAAUGGAAAUACCUUUAUACUUUGGCAAGAGAAACCCCCAACACAGGGAAGUACUCUUUCAUUCCUGUGCCUGCUGAGGGAAAUUACAGUACAUGGGACUAUGGAAUUUUGAGAAUUAUACCCAGCAACUAUUUUGAUGGGCAGAGCAAUAUUCCAUCAAUCUGGAGCCCAGACCAUGCAUUGGCUUGGCACCUUGAGAAAGACUUCAGAAAUGACCCAAAUGCAUGGGCAACUGCAAAAUGUAUGGAAUGGGACAGAAAGGAAGAAUUGCUUCCAAACUUCAUGGAAGAAAUUAUAGACUGCCCUUGCACCUUGGCACAGGCAAGAGCUGACACUGGCAGGUUCCAUACAGAUUAUGGCUGUGACAUUGAAAAGGGGAGCGUGUGUACUUAUCAUCCUGGUGCUGUGCAUUGUGUAAGAGCCAUUCAAGCCAGUCCCCAGUAUGGGGCUGGACAGCAGUGCUGCUAUGACUCCACGGGAACCCAAAUCCUCACACGUGACUCCACCGGAGGCAGCACACCUGAUCGAGGACAUGACUGGGGUUCACCACCUUUCUUGAAGCCUCCCCGGAUACCUGGCUUUUCCCAUUGGCUUUAUGAUGUUAUCAGCUUCUAUUACUGCUGCCUGUGGUCUGACAAUUGUGACUUCUAUAUGAAAAGGCGGCCCUCUAGUGACUGCAGGACGUACCGCCCGCCCCGAGCUGCAUCUGCUUUUGGAGAUCCUCAUUUCUUUACAUUUGAUGGUCUGAAUUUCACCUUCAAUGGCCUAGGAGAAUACACAUUGGUAGAGUCUAAUCUCACAUCCUUGAGAGUGCAAGGGAGGACACAGCAGGCACACUUUUCCAAUGGAACUGGGGCUCGGGGCACAGGCUUGUGUGCAGUGGCCAUGCAGGAGAACAACUCUGAUGUGAUUGAAGUGCGCUACUCUGAGGAUUUGCAUCUGGAGGUCCUCCUGAACCAGAGGGUUCUCAGCUUCUCUGAACAAACUUGGAUGGACUUGAAAGGUCUCUUCCUCUACUCUACACCUGAUCAGAACAUCACAGUGAUGUUCUCCUCUGGGUCAGGAGUGGAAAUAAGGGGAAAUGGAGGAUUUCUGACCCUGACAGUUCUGCUCCCAGAGAAGUUUAUGAAUCACACAUGGGGUCUCUUUGGAGUAAUGAAUGGCAAUCCACAGGAUGACUACACCUUCAAGAAUAAAACCACCAUGUCAGUUCAUGCAAGUCCCCAGCAGGUGUUUGAGUUUGGAGCUAGCUGGGCAAUUGAAAAUGGAACUUCUCUCUUUACUUAUGACACGGAGUUCUUACUGGACAGUUUCUUUUAUGGGGACAAGCACAAUGCCUCCUUUCUGCCCGUGUUCUCCCCUCAUGAAGACCCUGCUGAUCCCCUGCUAGAAGAGAUGGUCUCACGCUGUGGCUCUGACCCAUUCUGCAGAUUUGAUGUCCUGACAACAAGAAACCUUCAAGUGGGAAGUUCCACAAGACUUUCCCAUCAGAAUCACAAGCUGUUGGUAGAACACCUAGAGCCAGUGAUCUCUUGUGGCUGGCUGGAUCAUCCAACCAAUGGAAGAAAGAAUAGUACUAACUACCUGCUGGGCUCAACCAUCAAUUUCACCUGCAGUGAGGGCUAUGAACUCACAGGAGGGUCACAGAAAAGAACUUGCCAAGUGUCAGGAGCCUGGUCAGGGGACACACCCCAGUGCAGCCAAGUAACAGCUAUCAAACAAGUAAUUGUUAUUGGCAGUGUAUUUGGAUUAGUUGGCCUUGCGGUCCUGGGACGUCUGGGUUAUUUAUGCAGAAAGGAGAGUGUUCACAAGUAAUAGAAUGGCAGAUAAAAUGGAAUCGAAAUUGAGUGAACGGAAACAACAUGGGGUUCCAGCCCUUGGAAAGAAGACUGUAUGUGUGAGGAAGAACUAAAUACUUCUGAACCUGUCACAAAAAAGAAAAAACGAGCACAGUGCCAAGCUAACAGAACACUGAUAUUGUUUUUCAGUAUUUCAUCACUCAAAAAUGCUACAUUCACAAUGAAUUCAGCUCAAAGAAAUAAGAAUGCGGCAUAUUAUGCCGUGAUAUUAAAAUUUAUGUGUAAAGCCA